GGUUAUAUUGCACUAUCAUCGUAUAACAAAACAAUAUUUCCUGUCUACCAGACUCCGGUUGUGAACACCGUCCUAAAAAUCUGACACCUUGAUACAUGUAAUUUGUUUUGUCAAGUCCCUUGUUCUUUAACACAAUACAAGUACUGAGUUGUUUUCACAUUUUAAACUCUGAAGGAAAUAUGGAAGUUGACGAAGAAGAUGUUGAAGCCCCAUCAUCAAGUACCAGUAGCCGUGGAGAAAAGAAAAGAUUUGAAGUAAAGAAAUGGAAUGCUGUUGCUUUAUGGGCUUGGGACAUUGUUGUGGACAAUUGUGCCAUUUGUCGUAAUCACAUCAUGGACUUAUGUAUUGAAUGCCAAGCUAAUCAAGCGUCAGCGACUAGUGAAGAAUGUACAGUUGCGUGGGGCGUGUGUAAUCAUGCUUUUCAUUUUCACUGCAUAUCUCGUUGGUUAAAAACUCGACAAGUAUGUCCUCUAGAUAAUAGAGAGUGGGAAUUCCAAAAGUAUGGUCAUUAAUUGAAGUGUAUUUGGAAUACAUUUAAGUUUUAACCUACCUUUUUCAUUCCUUGUAUGGAUAAUAAAUAUUGAAGUAUUAUUAAAAUUUCCUUAAAAUUAUUAUUAAAAGAAAAAAAUUAGAUUGCCAAUCACUAAAUUUCCUUUUUCAUGUUUUUCGUUUCAUACUAUUUUAUAAGGGAUUGUCUUGUAAAAUAUUAAAUUAAAUUAUACAAUAAAAGAGUCUGUGUACCAUAGAGCUACUGAUAAA